GUAUUCUAUCAUUCAUUCUCUAUUUUUGUCAUGGGAAGAAAACUGCAUUUAGUCUGUGUACAGACAUAGAUCUAUAUAGAGUUAUUGUAUUUACAAAUCUGUGUGAUUCCUCACUUCUAAAUUAUGAAGCUUACCGUGGGCUUCGUGUUUUCCAGGAUGAUCGCACAUGCCUCUCAUUGUAGAGGAAGAGAGGUUUCCUACAGAGGAACACACGAGGUGGAAGAGAACUUUGCUGAAUUUGGCGGCUCCGUUUCUUUUAUUGAUUGUACAAAGAACCCUGACCAUCCCCAGUUUAUACCUGUGUACGAGUUUAGUGAGGACCAGGUGAGAGUCUUAAUGCCUGAUGAAGAACAGUGGAUAGUGGACAAGGCAGUGGAGUAUGUUAAGUGCUGUGCUGAUUUAAUGGUCAGGAUCAGUGUGCAUUUUAUUACUUUUUUUAUUAGUAACCAGCGGGCCAACAUUGAUCUAAUGGCAAACCUUACCCGUUUGCUGACAGAUCAGGUAAAAAAGUCAGCAUUGUGGUUAGAGGCUUCGUGAUAGGGGUGUACAGUCGGAGUUAUGGAUGUUGCAAAUGUGGGAAGUGUCCACAUGGGGUGGCUAAGAAAAACAAAUUCUGGGAAAUUUACAUUGCUACAGCAUGCCAUGUGGUUUACGACGACGCAGAGGCCAAAGAAUGUGAGGUCGUGUUCUUCGAUGACCAUCCUGACGGUAGCGGCAGUGUGACACUGACCGGGGGCUGUGGUGUACAGUAUGCCCACACACAGGCGGACAGCUGUGUACUGGUGUGCUACACCCACGAUGAGGUCGUGGCUCACAGACUGAGGAAGCUCCGCGAUAGACGACGUGAGAUAGAGGGGGAUCGGCUAGACCUGACAAAACAGAUAAAAAAGAGAGACUUGUCUCGUAGUCUCGAUAAGGUCCCAACUGCUGUCAUCUCACAUCCACACGGACGGAUGAAGUACAUCACACUCGGGCACACUGAGGGUAAAAGUCUGGAUGACUUGAAAUGUAGGCCUCUCAUCUACACUGUACCCACUUGUCCUGGCAGCAGCGGGCUUUGUCCUGCCUCUAAGUCAUCGGUACUAUAAUUUACGGGUCAAACCUCACAGCUCUGCAAGACCUGAAAAUCGAGGCUGCAGUGCUGAGGGAGUUUAUCUUAAUUGUAACUGUUAAUGUUUAAGGUGGCAGUCCAUACUGUGAAUUUACAAAAAAUACAAAUCCUUAAACUUUGAUACAUGUAAUCUUGUCCAUUGUGGUAUUCACUAGGAAGCAUCUAUUGAACCUUCAGACACUGCAUCUUUUUGGGGGG